AUGGACACCGGCGCCACUUACCAGAGAUUCCCAAAGGUGAAGAUCCGCGAGCUCAAAGACGACUACGCCAAGUUCGAGCUCCGCGACACCGACGUAUCCAUGGCCAACGCCCUCCGCCGCGUCAUGAUCUCCGAAGUCCCCACCGUCGCGAUCGACCUCGUCGAGAUCGAGGUCAACUCCUCCGUCCUCAACGACGAGUUCAUCGCUCAUCGCCUCGGUCUCAUCCCUCUCACCAGCGAGAGGGCUAUGAACAUGCGCUUCUCUCGAGACUGCGAUGCUUGCGACGGAGAUGGACAGUGCGAGUUUUGCUCCGUUGAGUUUCAUCUUAGCGCCAAAUGUGUUACGGACCAAACCCUGGAUGUUACUAGUAGGGAUUUGUACAGUGCUGAUGCUACUGUUACUCCUGUUGACUUCGGCGUCGAUUCAUCUGGAGUUGCUGAUUCAGGCGAGCAAAGGGGAAUUAUAAUAGUGAAACUGCGGCGUGGACAAGAACUGAAGCUAAGGGCAAUAGCGAGGAAAGGAAUCGGGAAAGAUCACGCGAAAUGGUCUCCUGCAGCUACGGUUACGUUUAUGUAUGAGCCUGACAUUAUUAUCAAUGAAGAUAUGAUGGACACUUUGACGGACGAGGAAAAGAUCGACUUGAUUGAGAGCAGCCCUACCAAAGUUUUUGACUUUGAUUCUGUCACCAGACAGGUUGUGGUGGUUGAUCCGGAAGCAUACACUUACGAUGAAGAAGUGAUCAAGAAAGCAGAAGCCAUGGGGAAAGUGGGGCUCGUUGAGAUACGUCCGAAAGACGACAGUUUUAUAUUCACUGUUGAAUCCACAGGUGCAGUGAAGGCCUCGCAGCUGGUACUGAAUGCUAUAGUUCUCCUGAAGCAGAAGCUCGACGCAGUCCGUCUCUCAGACGAUACUGUUGAAGCUGAUGAUCAGUUUGGUGAACUCGGUGCACAUAUGCGUGGAGGGUGAGCUUGCGGUAAACUUGAGCUACUUAGUUUGGCAGUUUGUCCUGGGAUUAAGAUAAUAUUUUAACUGUAGUGGUACACUCUUGUUAGAAAACAAUUUGGGAAACAGUGGUCUCUUGUUUUUACCUGACAUCUGAUCAUCUUGUUAUUAUGUGAAUUCACACUAGUCUUAUUUUUGCACCA